AGAGGAUAAUGAAAGCAAUCCAAAAAAAUCUGUUCCAUUGGAGGGAAAAAAAAACAAGUAAGAAAAUGGAAAACAUGACAGCUAGCGAAAUCGCAGGUCUUGGAGUUGGUACUUUUCUCUUAUGUGCUACCAUUGCUGCACCUAAAAUCGAUUCCUUUAUCUCCUCUUCCCAAAGAAGUUCAUUGGGGAUGUGCAAACGAUGUGGAGACGUGAAGUUAAUAGCUUGUAAAACAUGUAAAGGAUCCGGGUAUGUGAAACCGGGUGGAUUACUUGGAUAUAGUAAUCCUUUAGAUGAUUUGUUUCCGGGUCGAUUCGGAUCCAAUCAAAGAUCCAUUUCUUGUGUUAAUUGUGGAGCUAAGGGUCACUUUGCCUGCCCUCAAUGCUACCAAUCUUCUUCAUCAUCAAUUGAAUCAUAGUCAUGUGGGAAUAAUGUUAUUUUUUUUUGUUUAUAUAUAUAUAUAUAUAUA